UGUUACCUCGUGGUCACGUGACUCCACAUCCGCUCUGUGCUUGUUGCUGUUAUGACGACGAACUUUGGAGAGUCAGAUGAAUGGUGGCGAUGAAGAAGAAGGUUAACUCCAACAGAAACCACCAGAGGUCUCUAAGAUGUACAGUGUACCUGGACAUUCAGACAGUUACAUGCCCAGGGGUCCUUCUGCACAAAAAAAAUGAAAUCUACCUCAGUGUGCGUCUAAUGGGCCAGUACAAGAAGACUCCAUGUUUGCCACCUCUUUUCCCUUUACUGUUCAACCACAGAAUGGUUUUUGUCAAGACCUUCUCAGGCGUUGUUGACCCUGCUGAUGUAGCUGACCUCCUCGAAGCUGACACAACAGUUUUUGAGCUGAUUCAAUUGGUCCCUCCAGAGGGGGAGAUUCUUGCCACGGUGGAAGAAUGCAGCAGAGAUUUUCUGUACCCUGGUCCCAGUCUGGUUGCCAGAGAAGAAGCUGCAGAAAGAGACAUACUGAUGAAAAGAUCUUCCACGUUUCCUGGAAUCUCUCCUAAAGUGGAGUUUGCAACGGUAUCAGUCAUAGAGGAGAGUGGUGGAAGAGACAGCUGGGCUCCAUCACCUAACUGUUGUCGUUCUCCGGUGAGGCCAUUGUUAACCCCAUCUCAGCAAAGAUCAACAAAGAAAUCUUCACCAUUAGGUAAAACAGAUGGUGGUAAUUCAGACUUUUUUGUGCGGAAAGACUGGGAGGAAAAGCUAAACGUCAAGGCCGCAGGCACGAACUGUGCUCUCACGUCAACAUCUAGACGCUCUCUUUUUGCAACCCCGUCGGACUGGAGUCCUCAAAGAAACAAUUACAGGAAACACAGUGACACCAGAGCUUCUGUGGACGCUGGGUACCAACAACCUACAGUUUCCUCGAGGGCACGAACCCUGUCCUCUUACACGCACCGCAAGAUGUGCCAACUGUCUGAGGACACCAGGCAGCGACUGAGCCAUCUCCAGCUGGGGCCUCACUACUUUCGGAAAGAAACGGAGAGCAAGCCACCGUUUUUGGUCCCUGGCUGCAGUAAUGCCCCCGGGAUGGGGACAUCCUCCUCCUCGACAUUGAACAGCAGCAUGCAUAGACGCUCUGUCAGUUUCUCAGCUGGACACACAGAUUCUUCUCUCACUGGAAGUUACAGACAGAGAACAGAGAGAAUAGAAUCGCCUUCAGUGAGGGUCCAGACGUCUCUAAAGACACAGUCCCGACAUGAAGCCAAGAUCAAAAGCCCUAUGAGGGGUUCUGCCUCAGUUCGGUGUAGCCUGGCUGGAUCAGAACCAGGAGGCCUUCUGAAUGUCAGAGACAGGCUUCAGACUGGUCCAUCCUACUGGGAGCAGAUCCACAGCAGAGUCCAGAGGAUUCUGCAGACUCACAAAAUCACCUGGGACCACAGAAGAAGCUGUGACUUUUAAUCGACUGCAUGACUGUUUUUACUGCAAAUUCUAGACGUUAAUUCUACUAAGGCAUCCAGUGUUUUUCCAAUAAAUUGUAUAUUAAGGGA